AUGAUUGCUCUUACUGAAGCACAACUUUUUUUCGAUCCAGCUACUAAAGAAAAACAAAAUAUUAUCAUGGCAGCUACCGCUGGUAUUGAAAAACUUAAAGGUACAUGGGAAUACGUCGACGGUGAACACUUCGAUGACUACAUGAAAGAGAUUGGUGUCGGUUUCGCUCUUCGUCAAUCAGCUAAAUUGAUUAAACCAAAAUUAAUCAUCAAAGAAAAUGAUGGUAAAUGGAUGUUAAAAAGUGAAUCAACAUUGAAAUCGGCAACUUACGAAUUUGCACCUGGCGUUGAAUUCGAUGAAACUCGCCUUGAUGGUGAAAACGUUAAAUCUGUUAUCAAAUUUGAAAAAGAUAAAUGGCUUCAUACAAUGCGUGAUAAAAAUGGAAAAGAAUCAACAAUUGCACGUUGGGUUGAUGCGCAAGGACAACAACAAAUUGAAAUGAAAGCCGGUAAUGUUACAGCUCGUCGCUGGUACAAACGUGCCGAUUAG